AUGCCGAUGGGCUAUAUACAUCCGAAGUUUCAACAAUUUGACGGCAAAGGCAACCCCAAGCAACAUACGGCACACUUCGUUGAGACUUGCAAUGAUGCGGGGAACUAUGGGGAUCACCUCGUCAAGCAUUUCGUCCGAUCGCUCAAAAACAACGCGUUUGAUUGGUACAUUGAUUUGGGGGCAAACUCUAUCGAUAGUUGGAGGCACUUAGAUGAAGAAUUUCUCAACCGCUUUUACAGCACGCGGAGAACAGUCAGCAUGAUUGAGCUCACCAAUUCCCGCCAAUGGAAGAAGGAACCUGUCAUCGACUACAUCAUUCGGUGGAGAAAUUUAAGCCAUAAUUGCAAGGAUCGACUGCCUGAGACAUCAUCUAUUGAACUGUGCAUCUAA